UGCAUUGAUCGUCUCUUUUCCCAUCUUUGUGAAUGCCUUUGCCAGAGCCGAAGAUGCCAAAUUGGGGUGGAGGAGCCAAGUGUGCGGCCUGUGAGAAGACGGUUUACCAUGCUGAGGAGAUCCAGUGCAAUAGCCGGAGCUUCCACAAAACCUGCUUCAUCUGCAUGGCUUGUCGUAAAGGUUUGGACAGCACUACAGUUGCAGCACUUGAGUUUGAAAUUUACUGCAAAUCCUGCUACGGCAAGAAAUAUGGUCCAAAAGGUUCUGACCCCGUCAAUAAUGAAGAACUUCAGCCUCAAGAGCCCAAAGCUCCCUGUCCUGCAUCUGCUAACUCAAACCCAAACAGGUUUGCACAGAAGUUUGGGAGUACAGAUCGCUGUCCUCGCUGCUCUAAAGCGGUUUAUGCAGCAGAGAAAGUCAUGGGCGCUGGAAAGCCCUGGCACAAAACCUGCUUCCGCUGUUUAUUGUGUGGGAAGAGCCUGGAAUCCACCACGGUGAUGGAUAAAGAUGGAGAGCUCUAUUGUAAAGUUUGCUAUGCCAAAAACUUCGGUCCAAAGGGGCGUGGCCUGGGGAACCUGGGUGUGGUCGAGGAGAAUGAUUGACAAGUUUAGUCCAACCCAAUGCAGCUGCUUUUUCACUGCACACAACAUCGGUUAAGGCUAGAAGGGAUA